UCUAUAUUGGAAGCUAGAAUUCAUUGUUUUUCCCCCACAUCGAACUGUAAUCCUAUUAACUGCAUGGGGCAUUAGGAUGUGAGUGUAUUGCAUAAUUGGUAAUGCAUUCAACCGUCAUUGACUGGCAUUAUUAUUUUGCCUACAUCAUGGCAUUUUAGUAGAUCUUGUUAGCUCACCAAUCUUUCUCUUUGACAGUUCGGAGCUAUUUUAGCGCCAUUACCAGCCUUCGUAAGGGUAGAAAUACUAAAUAUCAGCCAAGGAAGUGUAGUAAUUACUAUGAAAACUACRUUCAAUGCAUCAACCAACGUCACAACGACAAAGAUUAAAGAAACAAUUAUUGCUAACAACGCCAGCAAGAACACGCAGAAUUUUAUCUUCAGUCAAGCACUGUCUGUCAAAGGUGAAUGUACASCCAGUUUCUGCGUUAAUGGAGGCACUUGCAAGACGAACGUCACUAUCGGAGCUUUCUGCACGUGUCGGUCUGGUUUCAACGGUGUAAGAUGUGACAAAGUUGUUGUAAAUGGAAGCUACAGUAGUUGGUCGCCYUUCAGUGAAUGUAGUAAGUCAUGCAAAGGAGGCAAAAUGCAUCGGAAGCGCACUUGUACCAAUCCUCCUCCACAAAAUGGCGGUCGAGAUUGCAGUGGACUGGGUCCCGAUUACGAAGAGAAAGAUUGUAAUUCUGARGUUCUAUGUCCAGUAAUCUGGAUCAUCAUUGGAGUUUGCUGUGCAGUGUUCCUCAUCCUUCUAAUCUUGCUGAUUAUAUGCUGCUUGAAACGGAAAAAGAAAGAAAAAGAACAAAGGUAACCGUUUAAAAAACACAAG